AUGGCUGCUUCUCAAAUCGGUCACGGUCAGCUCGGCAAGAUCAUAGAGGAUAUGGAAGAACUCCUACCUUCUGUAUCCAUCGAUAGGGCAGAUUAUCGAGCCUAUCGCACAACCUAUGGCUGUCUGUCCAGCACCUACAAGCGUUCCAAUGACUCUAACACUCCAGAGAAGGACUACAAGGAGUUACAAGCGCUUGAAAAGACUCUGCGUCACCGUCUCUCCAGUCUCGAUGCUGACAGAGGUCUUCCGCGCAAAUUCAAGGGUCCACUCGACGAUCUCAAAUCAGGUGUCGACGGUGCACUCGAGCGCGGUGUAUCCACCGACUUUCUAAUUCAAGGUCUGAAAGACGCGUUGGAAGAUAAGCCAGACGCUACACCUGCACCGAAGCCCGUGCCGCCGAAGCCCGUGCCGCCGAAGAUGGUAUCAGAGAAGUGGUUCAAAACAGCGUUAGACGAACUUCGCAACGAGAAAGAGAAGAACCAGAAGCUCAAUGAAGAAAACAAUCGCAUGGCUUUAGAACUCAAACAGUACCAGAUGCGCGAGAGGUCGGGUGAGCCGCCUCUGAAAAAACGAAGCAUCGGUUAG